AUGAUUUUAUUGUCAAAAAAUAAUUAUAUAUAUUUAAUAUAUAUUUUCACUUUGAUAAGUUUUUUACCUUCUGGGUACUUGGAGCUGUACCCUCAAGAAGUGCAAAGUCUCAGUGAACUUCCAAUGGAACAAUUGCUGAAGAUUAAGAACAACUUUAUUGAAACUGGAAGCGAUGUUGUAGAAGAAGAAGAAGAAAAAGAAGAUGAAGAAGUAGAAGAAGAAGGUCUACAGGGAAGAACUUUACCAAUAAAAUUGCCCCUAAAAAAAAUUGGUAAUAAAUCAUUACGUAGACAUGGCGACUGGUGGGAAGAAAAAGGGGAAGACACUAAAAUUUCAAAAAUAUUUCAAUUUACACUGACAACUCUAUCAUUUCUUGCUUUCGGCGGUUACCUUCUCACCCUCGUCAUCACUUCUUUGAAAAAAAAUCAAGCUGCUCAAGGAAAUGUCAUCGUUUUAUCUAACUUGCAAAAAUAUACGAGACCAAAACGUCAUAUAUUUACAAUAGAUCCAGCAGAAAAUGAAUACGAUACCGACAGACUCUACCGUGGGAUGAUAAUGCUUUCUCGCGAGUACGCUUCCUACACUAAAUCGAAAUAAAAUUGGUUAUUAUUUAUUGGCUGAUGCUGUCAAUAUCCGUUGGCAAUUGAAAUUUUCUUUAUCAUUAACUGUAAGCGUUUUGAAAUCAAAUAAAAUCCAAUAAGACCCGUAUGUAAUAAUUAUCUGUGUGCGUAUGUGUGCGAGGAUAGAUAAACUACGAUGAAUAAGUACACAAACUACGGAGAAUAUUCUCGAUAUGUAGGUGGUAUAAAGCUUCGUAUACGCUUUCUCAAAUAAACAUUUAAGUGUCUGUAUACAUCGCCGGUGGAUCUGAAGAUAACCAUAUGGCGUCCAAGGAUUACUUUUAUAAUAAUUUACUCACUUUAUUUAAUAAAAAUUCAUUUAAUUAUAUAUUUGCUAAUAAUUUAUUUAAUACACUGUAAAAAAUUCACGGAGUGAAUGCGGAUUAAAUCCGGAGUGAAUGCGGAGUGAAUGAAUUUUUAAUUAU